AUGGCCAUCGUUGAGAGGUUACAGAGAUUGAAAGAGUACCAACGUGCCUGGCGAGCUCUCGAUUUUUCCGCUGAAGUGACAAUUCCCGAAGGUGUCAGCUUUCUCUCCAUCUCUCCCAGCGCGCUUGCUCAGCCUGAGGCUUCCCGUAGCGGGAUCGAGAUAGUGCAUCUCCCAUCUCGCCUUAGGGGACUCGAAGAGAAGCGUUGGCAGUGUUUGAUUCAGGACGAGAAGAUUGACAUGUCCACGGUCCUGAUCGAGGUGGAUAUUGACCAGGACCUCCUAGUUUUGAUUCAAGAGCUCGAGGACGAGCAUGCAUUUCCGCCUACGAAAACGGCAAGGAUCCAGUUUCGGUCUCUGGCUACAGGUGACCCACAUCCAUUAGCCCGUGUCUCGGCUCUGUCUCCUGUAGAAAUGUUCUAUGAUCCUGAUCACGCCUUGUCGCUUCAAGCUGACGUUCUGGCCUGGUUGGAACUGGAGGGCGAUAUCUAUGAGGACGACGGGAGGUCUGUCCUGCGGUUGUGGAAUUGGAAAACCGGAAACCUGAUCUGGAAAAUGUCUUCCGAAUACUCUGCAAGAUGCCCGCGCUCAUUUGCAUUCCUCAAUUGCGAUCAUUUCCUGGUCUGCCUUGGUGAUCAACUUGUUGUGUAUUCUGUUGAUGUCGACUGCGAAGAAAUGACAUGCGUUCCCAGCGGUGACGGGGACUACGUGUGCGCAUUCAAUCUACCGGAACGCUCCUCGAACGCACUUCGCGGGCUGACUAUUGCGAUGCAAGCCAUCCCAUUCUCCGAACAGCGCCAGCUCUCACCUGCACCUUUCCACGCCGACGCUUCUGAACGGUUAUUUCUCAUUACAAUCAUAUUGCUCCCAACUGGCGUCGAUGACGGAGACAGACAUGAUGUGUUCAUACUCUUCGUGCCCUCCAGCACAUUUCUCUCUAGCCUAGCCAAGGUAGAGGCGGGACGUGCACGACGCAAUCUCCCUUGGGACGCAUGGGGGCCGACGGGGUCGAGGAUGAUAGAGGUGCUUGCAGAUGGCCUGCACCAAAUCUUCCCGGCUCCGGAUGACUGGCACCUUUUUGUCGACGACGUUUGCACCUCAUCGGGUCUGAGGGGCUUGGUCACGUAUGCCAGCUGGAUCAUCACUGAAGAGCAACCAAUAAUGCUGGAAGUGUAUGACUUUACGCCCGGUGCAGUCAGGCAACUGACGCCUCUGACGUCUCUCCCGACUCGGACGAUACGGCCGACUGAAACAUCGACAACAUACGUAACUGGCCCGUCCACGAUCCGUAAACCGAGUAGUUUCGUCCGUGACGUUGUGACCUCCCUGCCGUAUUGCCUCAGCAGGACGAGGAUCUCAUUAUCCUCGGAGGAGAACCGCUUGGAGAAAGCUGUGCUAAUGGCUGACGGUGUCAUGGUUCAGGACUCUGGACCACAAUUCAGAGUGCUUACAAUUUGA